CAAGAUCCGGGCGGAAAUCGAGGGUAGGCGAAUACAGUGGGGCAGAGCCAAGAUUGCUUUGUAGAAGCUUGAGGGAGUCCCCAGGGUGACUCAAGUGAAAGUUGGGUUUUGCUCAGGUUGGUGCAGAAAGAGCCAGUCUGUUGGAAGCGGCCGCUCCUUAUGGGGCCUGGGGACUUCUGCCAGCUUGCGGGUUAGCUGUUGAGGCGCCAAAGCGGGCUCUGGAGGGUCACUAUGUGGGCCUUCCCGGAGUUGCCGAUGCCAAUGCCCCUGCUGGUGAAUCUGAUCGGCUCGCUGUUGGGAUUUGUGGCCACACUCACCCUCAUCCCCGCCUUCCGUAGCCACUUCAUCGCCGCGCGCCUCUGUGGCCAGGACCUCAACAAAUCAGACCGGCAGGAGAUCCCAGAAUCCCAGGGAGUGAUCAGCGGUGCUGUUUUCCUUAUCAUCCUCUUCUGCUUCAUCCCUUUCCCUUUCUUGAACUGCUUUGUGGAGGAGCAGUGUAAAGCCUUCCCUCACCAUGAAUUUGUGGCCCUAAUAGGUGCACUGCUCGCGAUCUGCUGCAUGAUAUUCCUGGGAUUCGCCGAUGAUGUACUGAACCUGCGCUGGCGACAUAAACUGCUGCUGCCCACAGCUGCCUCACUACCUCUCCUUAUGGUCUAUUUCACUAAUUUUGGCAACACAACUAUUGUGGUACCGAAGCCCUUCCGUCUGCUUCUUGGCCUACAUCUGGACUUGGGGAUCCUGUACUAUGUCUACAUGGGGCUGCUAGCAGUGUUCUGUACCAAUGCCAUCAAUAUCCUGGCAGGAAUUAAUGGCCUAGAGGCUGGCCAGUCACUGAUUAUUUCAGCUUCCAUCAUUGUCUUCAACCUGGUAGAGCUGGAAGGUGAUUACCGGGAUGAUCAUGUAUUUUCCCUCUAUUUCAUGAUACCGUUUUUCUUUACCACCUUGGGAUUGCUCUACCAUAAUUGGUACCCAUCACGGGUGUUUGUGGGAGAUACCUUCUGUUACUUUGCUGGCAUGACCUUUGCCGUGGUGGGCAUCUUGGGACACUUCAGCAAGACCAUGCUACUCUUCUUCAUGCCCCAGGUGUUCAACUUCCUCUAUUCACUGCCUCAACUUCUGCAUAUCAUCCCCUGCCCUCGACACCGCAUACCCAGACUCAAUACCAAGACAGGCAAACUGGAGAUGAGCUAUUCCAAGUUCAAGACCAAGAGCCUCUCUUUCUUGGGCACCUUUAUUCUAAAGGUAGCAGAGGGCCUCCGGCUUGUGACUGUGCACCAGGGUGAGAACGAGGAUGGUGCCUUUACAGAAUGUAAUAACAUGACCCUCAUCAACUUGCUGCUUAAAGUCUUUGGGCCUAUGCAUGAGAGAAACCUCACACUGUUCCUGCUGCUGCUACAGAUCCUGGGCAGUGCCCUCACCUUCUCCAUUCGGUAUCAGCUUGUCCGACUCUUCUAUGAUGUCUGAGUCCCCUGAUCACUGGCCUUACUUCACAGUCAUCAGGGUUCCUGACUAACACCCACCUCUUUCUGGACCAAGACUGCCUCCUGUCCAGGCCUCUCCCGCCGUUCAUUCUCCUCCAGAUUUUGUUCGCAGCAUUUCUUCUCCCCUGUGAUUGUCGACAUCCUGGAGAUUGGAAUUUGUCUGUGGCUUUCUUCAGCUCUCCCUCCUGUCUCUGCGCCCCACUAAGGCGGGAGACAGCAACUUUUAUGCAGUUUUAUGCCAUUAUCCACAGCUCGGACUCAGGGAAUGUUUUGGCCCUGACUGGGAUAGGAACAGACUUGAAGAUGACUUGACAUUUCACUAUAAAUUAAGUAUUCUGAUUACUAAGAGCAGACCUGGGGGGGUGGGGAACAUGGAAGGUGCUCCCAGUGAUGACAAUAAAUUGUUACUUCUUCUUCUUGUUCCUCUAGGUGUAUUUCCUAUAGGAAAUAUUUUAGGGUUGAUUGGGAGGGUUGGUGGAGGCACCUUCUCCGAGAGGAUGCCUCUCUCUCUGCCCCAUU